CAUUACCAUUAAACCCAAUACCACCAUCCAUAACUCCAGUUCCUCGCCCACCUUGCCCACCACAUGCUAUCCCUCUUCUUCUUCCGCUUCUUAUCAACCAAAUUUUGAACAAAUCAAAGAAAAAUUCAAAAACCAAGAAUCACAAACCCAACUGACCCUCUUGAAUUCCCUACUACUUUCCUCCGCAGCUAACGCCGCUCUUGUCAAGCACAUCCCUCACUCCUCGCUAGUACGUUCAGUAACAGCUACCAGCAUCAUGGACAUGCCCUACAACACUUCACCUUCGCUACGUGUACGCACCACAUCGCUGAAUCAGCUCAAGAAAACCGCCGAUUUGGCCAUUGAGAAUGAGCUGCAUGUCUGUCCCAGUGUUAUGCCGGAUGAGUUGCGCAAGCUGCUGCCACCCACCUCCGAAACCGUAAUGACCAAACCAUUUCCCAUACGCGGUGAGAGGGCCAUAUCGGAUGUUUCGACGCCUCAUGUCAUUGCCAUGGUUGGCCUACCGGCUCGUGGCAAAACGUUCAUCUCGAAAAAGCUGGCUCGCUACCUAAACUGGAUUGGCAUCUGUACGAGAGUCUUUAAUUUGGGCGAAUAUCGUCGUCAUGCCACCACCGCCUACAAAUCCCAUGAAUUCUUUAGGGCCGAUAAUGAGGAAGCCAUGGCCAUACGCAAUCGUUGUGCCCAUCAGGCUCUCCACGACUCCUGUGAAUGGCUGCUCAGUGGCCAAGGCAGCGUGGCCGUUUUCGACGCCACCAACUCCACCUACGACCGCCGUCAAAUGAUCUAUGAUGUGGUGGUGAAGCAGCAUGGCUUCCGUCUAUUCUUCGUCGAGUCCAUCUGUGAUGAUCCUCAAAUCAUUGAACAAAACAUUAAAGAGGUUAAGGUCAGCUCACCCGACUAUAUUAACAUGAAUACCGAUUUGGUGGUCCAAGAUUUCCUGCAACGUAUCGAACACUAUGAGGAACGCUAUCAGACCAUAGACGAGGAACUUGAAUCUCACUUGAGUUUCAUGAAGGUGUACAAUGCCGGUAAAAAAGUGGUGGUUUACAACAAUGAAGGUCAUGUGGAGUCACGUAUUGUCUACUACCUGAUGAAUAUACACAUUACACCGCGUACCAUCUAUCUAACACGUCACGGUGAGUCAGAACAUAAUCUUAAGGGUUUGAUUGGUGGUGAUGCCAAUUUAAGUGAACGUGGUCGGCUAUAUUCUAAGGCCUUGGCCGCCUACAUUGAGCAACAACAAAUAGAGGGUUUACGUGUGUGGACAUCAUGGAUGAAGCGAGCCAUACAAACCGUGGCCGACAUUAAGGCACCUCAAGAACGCUGGAAGGCAUUGAACGAAAUCGAUGCUGGUCAUUGUGAGGAAAUGACCUAUGAGCAGAUCAAGGAACGUUUCCCUGAAGAAUUCAAGGCCAGAGAUCAAAAUAAAUUUGCCUAUCGUUAUCCACGCGGUGAAAGUUAUGAAGAUUUGGUGGCCCGCCUAGAACCGGUCAUCAUGGAGCUGGAACGUCAAGGCAAUGUAUUGGUCGUCUCGCAUCAGGCAGUGUUGCGUUGUCUAUUCGCCUAUUUCCUGGAUAAAUCGGCUGAUGAGUUACCCUAUUUAUAUGUUCCCUUGCACACGGUCAUUAAGCUGACACCGGUGGCCUACGGCUGCAAAGUGGAACACAUAAAGCUACCCAUCGAUGCUGUGGACACACAUCGUCCAAAACCAAAAAUACCCGGUGAUGUAUCGUUGGGUCUUGAUGGUUUGAGCGGUGAAUUGGUUGCUCCCGAUGGUGUUGGUAAGGUGUUGAUUGUGGGUGAUGAUGUGUCGAAGGCAACGGCAAAUGGUGUUGGCAUCUGCGGCAGCGGCGGUGGUGUUCUAGGCAAUGGACUUGGUGCAGCCAUCAUCAACAAUAGUAGCAGCACCACUGUUGCAGGCGAUGACAAUGCCAAUAGCAUAAAACCAGAACAACAACAAUGAUAUCAUUAUUGCCACCAUCAUCAACAUAGAGUUUUAUUAAGACGUGGACUGCUGGCUCAGUUUCAUUUGAAUCGUUUUAAUACUCUGUA